AUGUUUCCCUACGGGCAAAAAUGGGCACAACAGUCGUACGACAAAACAUUAGUAAAUCUUGUACGAUUAAAUCCCGUUUUAUAUAAUACUUACAUGAGACAAACUUCACAUCCAGGUUUGGUUGAAGCCACGUGGGCCCAAAUACAAGAAUAUUUGGUUAAUCAUGGCCCCACUUUAAAUGCAGAUCCACAAAAACGUUGGAAUCAAUUAAGGAAAUCUUUCAACGGACAUUACAAGAAGUCAAAUGUGAAUUGGCACUUAUACAAUGACUUCUUAUUCUUAAUUGAACACACCAAGGCUCAAUUUCCAAAUCUUGUUCAAAUUGGAGUUCAAAAUUCUCCUAUGGCAAACAAUUUUCAUGUUCCAAAAUCCGAUAUUGCUCCAUCUACUUCUUCUCCUCAUUUACACGAAGAGACUGGUGGAGAAAAUUCAAUGGGAAAUUCUGAAGCUCAGGGAGUAAAAAUAGAAGAAUUCACAGACUAUGAAAUGUUAUCUUACGAGGAUGAAAUAAUCACUAUCGAUGAUUCUGUUCCAAAUUCGACUAAUAAAGAUUUCUCUCAGCUACACUCAAUAGCUUCACCUCCAAGUUUUUUGCACUCUUCGACUGCCGUUAUGUCUCCUCCAAUUAGUACAACACUCCACGCAUUUCAAGAAAAAACACAAACAUUACCGACAUCAACUUCGUCAUAUGAUUCACGUAUUAUGGAUGGAAAUAAUUCAGAUUCAAAUUUAUCGAACCUCUCAUUGUAUUCUCCAAGUGCGCAAUAUUCUUCAACUAAUCUUGUAUCGACAACAUUCAAUAGAACACUCCAUGAAUGUCAAACAAAAUCAAGAGCGUCACCAACAUCUACAUCGUCCCAUGUAUCAGAUGAUACCUAUGAUGAAAGUAAUUCACAAUCAAAUUUAUCAACUGCUUCUGUAUCACCAACACUUAAUGCAGCACUCCAUGAAUUUCCACCAAAAUCACGUCCAUCACCAAUAUAUACAUCAUCUUACGUUUCAGGCAAUUCUCAUGAAGAAGAUAAUACAGAGUUAAUAUCUACAACAGAUGAAUCACAGACAGUAUGUGGAACAUCUGUCAAGAAAUCUUCAUUUCAAGUAAGAAAUUGGACGUUUCCUACAUACCAACGACCAUCUUCAAAUUCAAUCAAUAGAAGUAGAGAUAAUACUUUUUUAAAUUUAAAACAUCAAUUUACACCAGUCAAUUCAAAAGCACAGUCUGCUGAACAUUCGUACAAAUCACAAUUUGAGACAUUGGGACAACUAUCAGCGUUUCCAACCCCCAAAAAACGUUCUUUGACAUCACAAUUUUCAUAUGGAACUAAAAAAAAAAUGAGAAUUCGAGUGAACUUAAUGAUGCUCCCACAUUAGGGCAUCAUUGUAGAGUCCAGGAUAUUCCAAAAAAUCAUUUAGCUGCAAAAGGUAAAAUAACACCGCCGGUCGAUCGUUUUUGUAGACAAAAAUCCCAAAAAAUUAACGAUAACACGUCUGCAAUCAAGGAAGCAGUAGAACGAUCGACUAAUGAUUUGCAUAAUAUGACCACAGUUUUUACAAAUUGUAUGACAAUACAACAACGAGUUUUAGAAAAGCAAUUAGAAAAAGAUGAAGAAAAUAAAACACCGACUACUGAAAUUCGUGGAGAUGCUCUAUUCAAUUUAUUUGCUCGUGAGUGGAAUUUGUUAAGCGACGACGAACAAGCAACUUUUAUGCAUGACGUAUUAGAUAUUUUGCAAAAGUAUCAAACCGACUAGAUGUAUCAUCUCUUUCUGCUCUCUUUUGUUUUGCUUUCCCUUUAUUUAUCUUACAAUUAUGUUUUUAUAUCAUUAGAAGGUUCAAUUUUACUGUUCAUUUAAAUUCAAUUGAUACAAAUUAUUCAUGUUCACGAAAUUUCUUAAAACCAAAACGUAACAUGAAACAAUUUUUUGAAUUUUUAACCUUUUUCGUAGUCUUAUUUCUCAUUGAAAAACCAUUAUUCCCUUUUUAAAAUUUUUAACUUCUAUCGCAAAUUAAAAGAAUUUAUGUUUAGUUAAUAUCCGAUAAGUUCAGAGUUCAUAUAAUGUGCAAUCUAUCGGAUUAAAUAUACAAAUAACAGAAGGUGCUCGUUGUGAUAUAAAGCAAAAAUAUUAAACUAAUUUGUUAUUUAUAUAUUUUUUUAAUAAAAAUUAUAAGAAGUGGAA